AUGGUUGCAUUCAUAUUUCAAGCAAAUGCGGCUCAUCUGCAGCUUUCUCCCACAAGUUCACCCGCCCAAACAGCACAGGGUUGCGAUGAAAGUAACGACGACAAUAAAAAGUCACAGGGCCACAUACCGCAAGCAUUCUUUGAUCCCUUUUUCAGUAUCCGGCACACAGACGACGUUGAAGAAUCAAUCAAGGCCCAUGUAUCAGCCUUGGCGACACUGCAAAAGGAUGAUCCAGAGUAUUUGAUACAUAUUCAUCAGCUUGGAGAAAGCUACUUUGAUCGAUAUAGCGUCAUUCACACUCUCAUCGACUUGGAACGAUCGCUGGAUUGCCUUGAGGAAGCUUACAUGCUCGCAACGCCCCAAUAUUUAGGGUGGAAUAAGCUGAGCCGAUCUGUCGGUUGGGUUUAUUACCGCAGCUAUGAAAGGACGAGCUUUGAAGAAAAUCUGGAGCUCGCUGUUAAGAUGUAUGAGAGUCUUGUUAACACUCCUCAUGAAGAUGAGGAGACGCAUUUACGAAUACUCUAUGAGCUGAGUGUGAUUUAUACCAGUUUAUAUGACCUCUCGGGAGCUCAGAUUGCCGAUGAUACCUCUUCUGAUGAAACAGAUUCACAGGGCAUUCUAUCCGAUGGGAAAAGAUAUCUCCAUCUGGCAAUCAAGCAUCAAGAGGAGGUAGUCAGAAAGAUCAAAGGAAAUUCAGAGUUUCACAGCAACGUACUCAAUAGCCUUGCCACAAACUACCUCUAUCGGUACGAACUCGAAAAUUCUCCCGAGGAUUUUGAAAGAGGCAUCGAGAAAUAUGAAGAAGCGCUGAGCAUGUGCAAGACAAAUUAUCCAUCCAGAUACACGCUCCUCUACGACGCUGGAGAAGGGUACUUUUGGAAAUAUAAGAUAUCCAAACACGACGACGAUCUCAAUACCGCUUUGAAGUGUUAUCGUGAAGCGUUCAAGUUACAGUGGAUCUCAACCCUCUCUCUAUUUGAUGUGGGAUACAAGCUCGCCAACGGGUAUGCAAAAGCGGGAAAAUGGAGGGAAUCUUAUGAGACUUUCGUGCAAAUGUUGGUAUUGGCACCACAUUUGUUUCACCGGUCAGCCGAAUACUCAGAUAAACAGAGAUUGCUCUUUACGGUCAGUGGGGUGGCAUCAAUGGCUGCUGCUGCUGCCAUCCGAGUUGAAGAGCCGAUAUACAGAGUCAUUAGCCUCCUGGAGCUUGGGCGUGGCAUAAUCACACAGUCAAUGCAAGAGAUGCGUCAUGAUCUUUCUCAAGUGAAGGAUUCGCACCCCAGGCUUGUACAAGAGUACACUGAGCUUGCUGGGCCGCUCUCCAAACAAAUUUUAUCUGACCCGAAAGACAGUGAAGGUCGCUAUGAAAUGGCGGAGAGACUGGAUGCAGUGCUAGGUGAAAUCAAUACAGUUCUGGGAACUUCUCCAUAUGCAAUUUUCUCUGAAGAACAGUUGAUGAACAUGGCCGAACACGGCCCUAUUGUUGUACUCAACAUUGCAGUUGAUCGCUGUGACGCGAUCAUCAUUGAGAAGCCCCAGUUGCACACUUUGCACCUGCCUGACCUUCGUGCCACCGAUGCUUUUCAGAUGGCACAGAAAAAGAUUCGUGAUCAUGAGCUUCUGGAGUGGAUGUGGACAACAACGGCCAGACCCAUCCUCGACGCUCUGGGAUUUACUUCCACGCCCUCGGAUGAAAAUUGGCCUCACAUUUGGUGGGUUCCUACGGGACCCUUUGCUGGGUUUCCAAUACAUGCAGCUGGAUACCACAGCUCAAACUCAGGCGCCACUGUUCUCGAUCGUGUCAUGUCGUCUUACAGCACUUCUUUAACGUCACUCGCUCAGGCAGGUGCAAGGAUUUCACGGAGUGAAGGGAUGCCUAAUCCAAACCAAGUCGUCCUCGUCGCGAUGGAGAAUACUCCAGGUUUAUCAAACCUCCCCUUCACCACACAAGAAGCAACAGAAAUCGAAGGUCUUUGUAACACAGCUGGGCUGUCCGUGAACAAACCGAAGCCAUUACGAGAAGACGUCCUCCAGGCGUUAAGUCAUUGCGACAUUUUCCACUUUGCUGGUCACGGUCGAACAGAAACGUACGAUCUUAUCCGCUGUGCUAUCUUGCUCCAAGACUGGAGAGAAAAACCACUGAUCGUGGGUGACUUUUACGAAGCUGAUAUCUCUGGGUCGCAACCGCUCCUGGCGUAUCUCUCAGCGUGCGGAACAGGAGAAGUAUCACAGUACCACUUACAAGAUGAAACUAUCCAUUUGAUGAGCUCCUUUCAAUUUGCAGGAUUUCCUCACGUUAUUGGGACCCUGUGGCAGGUCAAUGAUGAGACGUGCGUUCACAUGAGUGUUGGCGUGUAUCGACGGAUUUUGGACCAUGGCAUGCGCAGCUCGUCAGUGAGUGAAGCUUUGCAUCAUGCCAGUCGAUCCCUCAGAGAAGAUUGGGUGAAGAGAAAUGAUUUUCGUGCAAGAAGCCAACAUGAUGGUGACAUUUCAGAAUCAUUUAUCCCUGCCCACUCGUCUGUGAGUGAGAAUGGAAACCGCGAUAUUGACCCUGUGGAGGAAUCCCCCAUGUACUGGGUUCCUUACGUUCAUUAUGGACCUUAG